UUAAACAAAGUUUUAGAAAAAUGGAUGCUCUCUAUGAGAUUGUUGAUAAAAUCUUAUUAUUACCAUUGGGUAGUGUGGUAGAAUUGAAUUUCAAACUAGUCUGGUUAUUUUUGGGCUUUCUUAUUUUGUAUUUGUUAUUCUGGAAAAAGACUGGCUUUAUAAUUACAGACACCAAAAGACCUCAGCUAACAAAUCAAUUAAAUCCUGAUGAUAAACUAUAUGUUCCUAAAGAAAUGAAUGCUCCUGCAAUGCCAGGAUGGGCUGCAAACAUAUACAGGAAACUUUUAAGAACAGUAAUUGGAAGACGCUAUCUGAUUGAAAUAGCCAAGCAUCGAAGUCGCAUGAAUAUCUUCAGUAGUAUGUGUCUACCAGAUAAUCCAACUUUUUUUCCAAUUAUUCUUCCUACUGAAGAUACAUCAAGAGAUGGACCUGUUGACUGUUGGAAACUUUUAAAACCAUGCACAUCAUAUGGGUUUGCAUUCAACACAAUAUCAAAUUAUAUUGAAGCAUAUAGGAAUGGAACAAGAACACCAACUGAUGUGGCUUAUAAAAUUAUUGAUGCAAUUGUGGAUUCAGAGAGCAAAACACCAAAAAUGAGAAUUAUUAUAGAGCAUCAUACAUCAAAUAUUCUUUCUCAAGCUGCAGAUUCAACUCAGCGUUGGAAAAAUAACUUACCUCUGUCUGUAUUUGAUGGAAUUCCUGUUGCAGUUAAGGAUGACUUGCAUUUAGCUGGUUACCCAAGUCGUAGUGGUACGCCACUUGAAGAAUUUAGUAAAGUAAAGUCUUUGCAAGAUGAAGGAUGGAUGGUGAAAAAACUUAGAGAAGGUGGUGCUAUAUUUAUUGGUAUGGCAAAUAUGCACCAACUAGGGAUUGGUGUUACUGGAAUUAACCCAAGCAUAUAUCAUGGCACUUGUCGUAACCCAUACAAUGUUGAUUAUCCCACUGGUGGAAGCUCUAGUGGUUCCGCUGCAGCUGUAGCUGCUGGUUUAUGUCCGAUAGCCUUAGGAGCAGAUGGUGGUGGUUCUAUUAGAAUGCCUGCAGGUAUAAAUGGAGUGGUUGGAAUAAAAGCAACAUUUUCUCGAAUAAGCAAGGCUGGUUGUGGAAAAGUAAAUUCCGCUGUUUCUCAUCCAGGUUUUGUGUGCUCUACUGUUCGGGACUCUGCCAUCGCAUAUGGUUUUCUUGCUGGCCAUGACUGUCAGUAUCCGAUCGGAAUGGUGCAACCUAUGCCUAAUCUUUUUGAUUUUGAAGUUAAGAAUUUGUCUGGCAUUAAAAUUGGAGUUGAUUGGAUAUAUUUUAAUCAUUGCAAUCCUGAAAUUGCUAUGCAUUGUAAACAAGCUGUCAAAUAUUUGGUAAAUAAAUGUAAUGCAGAGUUGGUGGAAAUUUCGAUACCAGAACUUCAUGAAUCAGCUAAUGCACUUUAUGUUACAAUUUUAACUGAAAUGGCAAACGGUUGCAAAACAAUAUACAAUCAACAUCAUGAUAAACUUAAUGCAGAUUCAGAAAUCAAUUUACAAAUUGGUGGAUCAUUCACAGCAGUUGAAUAUUACGAGGCUCAGAAACAACGCACACGUUCCAUGAACAUUUUACAGCGUUUGUUUUCGUCUGUAGAUUGUAUAGUUAAUCCAACUUUUGGGGACUUUAUGCCAAAACUAAACGAUGAUAUACUUAAAUUCGGAUACACAAACAUUGCUCAUUUAUCAAAAAUUACUCGAUUUUCAACUCUCGGUAAUUUGACUGGCAUUCCGUCUGUUUCAGUACCAGUUGGUUAUUCCUCAAACAAGCUACCCAUCAGUUUGAUGGUUCAAGCAUCAUGGUGGAGAGAAGAUCUUGUUUAUCGAGUGUCUCAUGCUCUAGAAGAGUGCUGUAAAAUACGCCAACCUGAUGUUUACUAUGACGUUUUGAAUAAUUAGAUAACAAGAUAUUUUAUAUUUGAAUAAUGUGUUGCUGUUACUUUUUAUUGUUUGUUUGUACUAUUCCACUUUUUCAAUCAUGGCAUUUAUUUUAUUGAACAAAAAUUUUUACUUUUA